AUGUUCGUCUUCCCUGUGAAAAAGCCGUUCACACAUCAAAGACCAAGCCCUUUCAGAUCGCUAGACAAUCAGUCGGAGUAUAAUGUAGUGGUAUUAGGACUGAGUUCUAUAUCAAGGUUAAAUUUUCAUCGCACUAUGAAAUAUACGUCAAAUUUGGUCAAGGAAAAAGAGGGUAUUGAAUUGUUUGGCUACAAUAUAGUUGCAGGAAACACUUUCCGAAACAUGAUGCCGGCCAUCGUUGGCAUGAGCACCCAGGAGCUGAACCACACGUGUUGGCCCAACGCCCGGACGACCCUAGACCACUGCCCUUAUAUUUGGGAAAGAUUCAAAGAUUCCGGCUAUUACACCGUUCUUGCAGAAGAUACAACAAAAUCCGGCAUUUUCAAGACAAAAAAAUUUGGUUUCGCUGACAAGCCAACAGAUUAUUAUUUACAUCCCUUUUUGAAAGAAAAUACGUUAAAGAGUAAUAGACAGGAGUCCGUCUGCAUGGGUGACGAAUACUACUACAAGGUCGUUUUAAAAUUCAUUCACAAUCUAAUAUCAAUUUUGUCUCCAUCUAAAUUGUUUGCAUUACUUUGGGAGUCAUCUAUAAGCCGGAAACAACUUAAUUUUCCCAAUUUAUUAGAUAAAGACUAUGAAUCGUUUCUUCGAAAGUUGAAUGACGAAGGGUAUUUAAAUGAGACAUUUGUUUUUGUGAUAAGUGACCGUGGUAUAAAAUACGGCGAUAUACAUUUGACAAAAAGAAGCGAAUUCGAACAGCGACUACCUAUUGCGAGCAUUUUAGUGCCGCCGACGUUUAGUGAGAAAUAUCCAUUAGCAUAUGAGAACUUGAAAACGAAUAGUCGUCGUCUCACGACAGCCUUCGACAUACACGAAACACUUAUUGAUCUUAUCAACUUAAACGCGAUAAGUAACGAGGAAGUGCUGGAUAGGACGCGGUCUCACUAUACGAAGCAGAAAGGCAUAAGUUUAUUUCUGCCGAUACCCGGGAACAGAACGUGCCAGUCUGCUAAUAUCGACCUGGAAUGGUGUUCCUGCGCGAGACUUAAAAAGGCAAUCGUUAGUAAUGAACGUGUGUUUACAAAUGGCCAAUUAACAAAAAAUAAACCAAAACAUUUUUAAUUAAAAAGCAUUCGUAACUACUACUCGUAGCAUAGGUACCUAACUACUAAAAUGAAAGAUAGAGCCGCUGUAAAGUGCCACGAAGCGCUUUUGUAAUUCCACUUGACAUGUUUGAGUAGCCCUCGAUGAUAUGGCUCAAGGCUUAGCAGAAGCCUUAGCAAUUUCUAUAAAUUGCAAUAUACUCGACAGAUAGAUGGGGAUGUGCCCUCUAUUGGGUUCGAGGCGCAUGCGCGCAGCCUCCGACCUGCCUGCCCUUAUCCCUGGUCCCAGUGUUUUCUCGUCAAUCCGUCGAACUCACGAAUAACACGAGUGCUCGUAUUCAUAACACUAGUCGACGAUGUGAUCCAAUGUUUCCAAACUAGUAGUGGUGACAACUCGGGCACGUUGAAUUAAAAAAAAACAAAAAUGACGACCGGUCACAAUAACAUAUCUGAAUUGAAAAUGUUUAUUGACUUAAAUGUACACUAUGGAUGGAUUGAACUAAAAAGAAUUAAGUAUAAGGACAGUGUUGUCGUUUC